ACCAGUAGAGUGCACUCCGCUCCACACGCGCUGGGUCACUUCUCGAGGAAGCAACGGGCUGGUUUCUCCCCCUGCCUUUGCUGCACCUCCGAAACAUUUUAAAGGAUCGGGGUCCGUUUGAAGGACAACAGCGAAUCUCCUCUCAUGCCAGUGCGUGUUUAACGUUGGGAGGGAACAAAUCUCCACUGUUUCGUUUCGUUUUAACGAUUGAACACUGCAGUGUACAGUCCGACGUUUCACUUGGAUUUUAGGAGUUCAAGCGCGGUGUGCGCUCAUUCCCCUAACCAUGGAAUUAUGGAUAAAGUUGAUGGUGUUGUACGGUUUCUGUUUAGGGGCAAGUGCUGAGAAUGACGGCAGGUGGCCUCGGCAGAUGGCCUCGUCCAAUGGGCUGUGUCGCUACGGCGCCCGCAUCGACUGCUGCUGGGGAUGGACCCGGCGCUCCUGGGGCCACUGCCAACCAGGCGUCUUCGCUCUAACCCACAGAGUAGUCGGGAGAAUACGGUGUCCGCCACAAGCUCUGUGCCAGCACGGGUGUAAGCAUGGAGACUGUGUAGGACCCAGCAAAUGCAAGUGUCACCCCGGCUUCACUGGAAAAACCUGCAAUCAAGAAGAGGAACUGGACUAUGUAACCCCCCUAACAUGGGACAGUCACCCCCCUAUCUUUCUUCCUGUGGACCACCAGCCUCCAGCAGGGGUGUUGAUGGAGGACCUGAACGAGUGUGGUCUGAAGCCCCGGCCGUGCAAACACAGGUGCAUGAACACAUACGGCAGCUACAAGUGCUACUGCCUCAAUGGCUAUAUGCUGAUGCCUGACGGGACAUGUGGAAAUACCCGUACCUGUGGUAUGGCCAACUGCCAGUAUGGCUGUGAGGUGCUGAAGGGAGAGGUGCGCUGUCAGUGCCCGUCGCCAGGGCUUCAGCUGGCGCCGGAUGGAAGAACCUGUGUGGACGUUGACGAGUGUGCGACCGGCAUGGCCAAGUGUCCCCGGUUCCGUAAGUGCGUCAACACAUUCGGGAGUUACAUCUGCAAGUGUCACGAGGGCUUCGACCUGCAAUACAUCAACGGGAAGUACCAGUGCGUAGAUGUGGAUGAGUGCUCCUCAGGCCAAAACCAAUGCAGCAGUUUCGCCACCUGCUAUAACACGCCUGGUUCCUACAAGUGCAAGUGCAAAGACGGCUACAGGGGGAUGGGCCAUGACUGCAAACCCAUUCCCAAGGUGGUCAUCGAUCCCCCCAGGUUCCCCCCGAACCACAACAACAUUAUCCCUGACUCGGACCACAAGAGGACCACCACCACGAUCCGACCGCCCAUGACCGCCAAGAGAGUCGCCCCCACCACCCCCAAAAGAACCACAACCACUCCCAAACCAACGACCACGACCACUACUACUACAACUACUACUAGAGCACCUUCUACAACCACACUACCACCUCCCCCACCUCCUCCAAGGACGAUGCCCCCCACCCCUCGUAAGCCAGUGGUCCCCACGAGACCACCAAUCAUACCCACCAGGAGACCCCCUGUAGUCACCCGUAAGCCCUAUGUGCCCCCACGGCGUCCCACCAUCACCUCUCCACCGCCCCCCACCCGCAGGACCCCACCCUACGUGCCCACACGCCGCCCGCCUCCCCCAAAACAGCCCGAGCCGGUCACCCCAGUGGACAACACCAUCGAGAAGGAGGUCACCAAACAGAGAGGUGACGUCCACAUUCCACGUAACCAUGAUCACAACACCGUCUUGGGGGUCGACUUUGACAUUGAGCUGGGCAACACGGCCGACGAAGCGAAGGAUGACGCAGAGGCUGGCUACCUGAGCUGCUCCUUUGAUAACGGCCUUUGCGGUUGGAUCCGGGACAAGGAUGGCGACCUGCACUGGGAGACAACACCGGACCCAUCUGGUGGAAAAUACCUCACCAUCCCUGAGGUGAGCGACAAGAAGAGCGGGCGAGGGGCGCGCCUGGUCCUCCCGUUGACUCCUCCCUGGAACGACGGUAACCUGUGUCUGUCGUUCCGCCACAAGCUGGCAGGACACCAUGUGGGUAUGCUCCAGGUGUUUGUGAAGAAAGGGAAGCAGUACAGCCCGGCCGUGUGGGGAAGGACGGGGGGUAGCGGCUGGAGACAUACCCAGAUCACGCUGUGGGGCACGGGACUUGAGAGUGUGAUUCUGAAGGGCGAGCGCGGGCGUGGCCGGAGCGGAGAGAUGGCCGUGGAUGACAUCACCUUGAGAAAAGGUUCCUGCACCGAGGAGCACAAUCUGAGAAGACAUUAAUACACACAGCAGAGAGCGACAGAGAUGGAGAGAGAAAGAGAGAAGUGGAGAGAAAGAGCCCAGGGAGGAGCAGACUCUGAUUGGACCCCCAUAGAGGGUCCAAGAGUACCUCUGGGAAGAAGGGGCAUUUCUCUCCGCCUGUCCACCAAUAAGAAGACCGCACCAAACCUGUCCACGAACAAGAGGACUGCAACAAACCUGUCCACCAAUAACUAGACUGCACCAAACCCUUCCACCAAUAAGAAGACUACCCCAAACCACAGGGGAGAAAGAGGGUCCACCAUGUGAUCCCCCACCACCCCUACCCACUCUCUCCAACUCUCCAUCACCCGGUUCCUCACUAUUGACCUGUGCUUGCCCCUGGUAACCCUGGAAACAUCCCUGUGAGCACUGCCACCCAGACAAUCACACCGCCCAAAGGCCUCCAUCGAUGUUUCAUCAUCUUGCUUUCAUAUUUUAGUCUGAAGCCAUAUCUGAUUGUUUGCUAUCCAUCAUUUAGAUUGUAUAACUGUUUUAACCUGCGUCGUGUUCAUUAGGUACCAAACAGGGAAAAACUGACUGAAACAGGGAGGGACUACGAGGGCUUGUCCAAUAAGAAACAAUUAUUUACAUUUUCCGUUGCAGAGCAUUUUAAAACAUUUCCCGUUCUGUGCCCUAAUGAACAUGACCCAGGGACAACAAGAGAAGACACCAACCUGUAAUGAUAAUGGGGAGAAUGAAAAAUCCAAACCCUGCUCCGUUUAUUUAGACAAAUCAAAUUCUGUAAAACUAGUGCUGAGGCACUCGUAUGUGACUAUUGCUACAACCGUAUGCAAGUUCACAUGAUAAGCCAUUAUUAUCUGAAUUCUGAAUUUUAAGAUUGACUGUGAUUUCUCUCUAUGUGCUUUGUUCUAUUAAGUGCAAGUUGGUUGUACUGGCGAUGACAGUAUCAACGAUUUCUGGCUCUCACCCAGUGUAUUAUUGUAAAUGUAGUCGUGUGUACAUAUUCUAGAACACUUUCAUGCUCAUAUUAAGCUGUGUGGUUUAUACGUUUAUGUAAAUUCAGACUUAUGUAUUAAUUGGAGAAAUGUAUGGUUUUCGUUUGUUUCUAUAAUUCAAGAUCAAUAUAUGGAUAAACAUUUGAACCUUGUGGGAAUACAAGGCUGUUUACAGUACAUAAAUGAUCAUAUCUGUUCAUGCUUUAUGUUGAAUUACUAGAUCGCUUCCUCAGUCGUUUUUUAACGUUUCGCAGUACACAGUUGCAUUAUUGUGCCAUCUGCCAUAAUGAAGGUUCUGAUCUGUUGGAAAUUCAAACUGUACUAUAUGCAUGGAUCAGUUCACCAAAUUCUCAUAAUAUACUCAGCCAAUGAUGUAAAUAAAAGGACAUUGACUGAUA